GCCAGUCAACAAAAGGUGGAAAUGUGUUUAUUUAAAGCUCCAUUCAGAGUGCCUCCCCCACCUGCCCCACCUGCCAUCGCGACCCACGUUGCGUAUACGCAAACACAAAAACCCAACGCGAUGCCCCGAAAGCCGCAGUAUCCGUUCGCACGUCUCGUGGCAACAGUCAUGUCUUAAAGCCUGCACUUCAAGUCGAGCAGCAUGAGUCGCGGAUGGGAGUUCUACGGAGAGAUAGUGGUGGUGGUGGUGGUGAUAGCGGUGCUCUGGCCUGGUUCAGUCAGGGGUCAGAGGACGCCGUUGAUUGACUCAGUGUGCCAGGCGGUGCAGCGCCAGCAGCUCCAGUGCCAAGUGCACCGCGUGGAGACCGCCGAUGGCUACCGGCUGAGCCUGCACCGCAUUCCCGCUCCCCAGAACCGUCGGUGCCCGCAGCAGCUGCGCCCCUUCCUCCUGAUGCACGGCCUCCUCGGAUCCGCCGGGGACUUCGUGUCGGGCGGAAGGGGCAGAUCCCUGGCGCUGGAGCUGCAUGCACGCUGCUUUGACGUCUGGCUGGCGAACGCCAGGGGCACCACCCAUUCCCGCGGGCACCGCACGCUCCAGACAAGUGACGCUCGCUUCUGGCAGUUCAGCUGGCACGAGAUUGGCAUCUACGACCUGCCCGCCAUCGUGGAUUACGUGCUGGCGCGGACGAAUCGCCGCCAGCUGCACUACGUCGGCCACUCGCAGGGCACCACCGUGCUCCUGGUGCUGCUCUCGCAGCGGCCGGAGUACAAUGCGCGAUUCGCCAACGCCGCCCUGAUGGCUCCGGUGGCAUUCCUCCAGCACCUGAGCAGUCCGCCACUGCGGCUGCUGGCCAGGGACAGCUCCAUGGCCACGCUGCUGCUGAACAAACUUGGCCUCCACGAGCUGCUCCCGGCGACGGCGCUGACCCAGGUGGGCGGCCAGUUCUUCUGCACCGCCUCCCGGCCCACCUACGCCCUCUGCACCCUCUUCACCUCCCUCUACGUGGGCUUCAGCGACUAUCCAUUGGAUCGUAGCAUCUUGCCACGCAUCCUGGAGACGACGCCGGCGGGCAUCUCGCGGGGCCAGCUGCAGCACUUCGGGCAGCUCAUCAAUAGCGGCAAGUUCCAGCAGUACGACUACCGCUCCCCCCGGCUGAAUACGCUGCGAUAUGGCCGGACCACGCCCCCCUCGUAUCAGUUGGCCAAUGUACGCCUGCAGCUGCAGAUCUUCCACGGCAGCCGGGACGCGCUGUCCAGCCUGGCGGAUGUGCAGCGCCUGGUCAGAGAGCUGCGGAACAGCGCCACGCAGAUGUAUCAGGUGCCGGGCUAUAAUAACAUUGACUUCCUGUUCGCCUCCUCGGCGCCCCAAGUGGUCUUCCAGCGCAUCAUUCAACAGGCCUGGCAGCUGGACAUGGCAUUGGCGGCGCUUUAA